AUGAAGAAUACCAGAAGCAACUUUUCUCAUUGUUUUUCUCGAAUUGGAUAUCAUAUCGGUUGUUAUCCUCAGUUCUACAUUUAUGCUUUCGUGUUGACAACAAUUGUCCUGGCAACUGGAUUCUUCAAAUUACAUAUUGUGAAGAAAGGCGAAUAUCUGUAUACUCCGAUUAAUGGAAGAGGAAAGGUGGAAAGGAAUUCUGUAGAAUCAAUUUUUACUUUGAAUACGUCUGCUAAUCUUGAUUUCACCAGAAUGGUUAGAUUUGAGAAUGCGGUAUUCGUUAUAGCAUUAUCUAAAAACAACGAUUCCCUUUUGAAUGAUAAUGCUGUAUUAGAUUUGGUGAAACUGGAUAAAAUUAUUCGAAAUGUUAGCGUAUUUUGGAAUAAUAGUUUCUUACGCUAUGAAGAUCUCUGUGUUCGGAACAAACAAAAUCGAUGUCCGAGCAAUUACCUUUCCUUUUUAAUGAGAAGAAUGAAAGAUUUUAAACAGGGAAGAAAUUUUAUGAGAUACCCUUACGACAGAAAACAAUUCCAAGUAGAAUUAACUGCUGUAAAUUUCGGAGGAGUAUCAACAAAUGAAGACGGCUACGUCCAAGAUUUCAAAGCAUUCCGUCUGAUUUACUUGUUGGAUAAUAACUCAAGAGAAGGAAAGUUGGCUUUAAAAUGGGAAAGAGCAGUUUUGGAGACGUUAACCAAUGUAAAGCUUCAACAUAUUGAAUUUUUUACGUACGCUGGACAAACUAACGACGUAGAAGCGAACAGAAACACCGAGUUAAGUUUCCCACUUUUACUUAUUUCUGGAGUCAUUAUGACAUCAUUCUCUUUCGCGUCUUGUUUAACGUUCGAUGCUGUAAGAAGUAAACCGUUGAUUGGAAUUGCUGCCUAUUUCAGUCCCUUGCUGGGAACAGUAGCUGCCUUCGGUUUACUGUUACAUUGUAAUGUAGAAUACGUUGAUGCGAACGUUGCUGUUGCUUUCCUGACCAUAGUAUUUUUCAAACGUCGCUACGCAAUUGAUUGCAUUUGGACUGAUGAGGAUUAG